AUGGUAAUGAGGGUAGCCAGAAGCGAAGGCACUAGAUGCGAUAGAAAGGGUGACGCCGGGCGUCAGAAGCAUUACUGGACGAGCUGGGCACGCGAUACAGGUGUGGGCGGCAUCACAAUGGGAGACACACCCAGGCGAGCGAGCAGGCAACAAGGUGGGGGCUACGAGGCGCAUUGGCUGGGGAGUGGACACUGGGGCUCUAUGCAUUGGGCAUCGCAGACAAAGGUGACGGGUGCAACUGAUGAGGGCCAGGACGAGGCCAGCGCUGGCGCUAGGUGA